AUGGACACUGCCGCCGACAGCUACUCCGCUUUCAUCGACGAUAGUGGGACAACUACGGGUCUCACCGCGCUGCUGCGGGCGCUGGGUGUACGGCGUGUAUUUGUCUGUGGCCUGGCGUACGAUUUCUGCGUUUACUUCACUGCACUAGAUGCUCUUAAGGAAAAAUUCGACGUGGUUGUCCUCGAGGACGCCACUCGGGCUGUUUUCCCGCAAAACAUGGAGGAGCGAAGGAGCCAUCUACAGCGUGAAGGCGUGACACUGAUGGAGAGCGGGGCACUCGGUGGCGAUGAUGGCGCAACAGCCGCCCCACAGGCGGUGUAG